UCGCUGGCCUGGCUGGGUCCGGCGUUGGGGGGCGAGGAGGAGGAUGGGGAGGUGGUGGCGGAGGAGGAUGACACGCUCUCAGAUGAGCUCAGGGAGGAGGACGGCGUCCUGGUGCUCCAUGAGCACAACUUUGCCCGUGCCCUGAGCGAGCACCGGCUGCUGCUGGUGGAGUUCUACGCGCCGUGGUGCGGGCAUUGCCAGCGGUUGGCCCCCGCCUUUGCCCAGGCGGCCGCUGUGCUGAGGAACGAGUCCAGUCUGGUGCGGCUGGGCAAGGUGGAUGCCACAGCGCAGGUGGCCCUGGCCAACGAGUUCGGCAUCACCUCCUACCCCACGCUCAAGCUCUUCCGUGACGGCAACCGCACUCACCCCCUUGCCUACACUGGUAGGGCCACGGCACCUCGCGAUGGCCAUGACGGGUGCUGGGGCAGGCUGGGGUGCAAGGAUGGGUGGGGGCGGGGGGGUGAUGGUGAGAGGGGUGGCAAUGUCCUGAUGGAGUCUGCAGGGUGGUGGUGGUGGGCAGGUGACAGCGUGGUGACGGUGCAUGGGGCGAUGGCAGGCAGUGCCGCGGUGGUGAUGGCGUUGGGGCUGUCGGCCGACACGAUCUGCCUCUUCAAGAGGUUUGACGAGGGACGGACAGACUUCCCCGUGGACCCAGCACAGGGGCUGGAUGUGGCCAAGCUCACCAGGCUGCUCCGCGUCCACAGCCUGGAGCUGGUGAUGGAGUUCACCAACGAGACCUCUGACCAGAUCUUCAGUGCCAAGAUCCCCCACCACAUGCUGCUCUUCCUCAACAAGUCAUCGUCGGCGCAGCUGGCGCUGCGAGAUGGCUUCCGGGCAGCUGCCGGCACCUUCCGGGGUGAGGUGCUCUUCGUGGUGGUGGACGUGACCGGGUACGGCGCAGAUGUCCUGCCCUUCUUUGGCCUGACACCUGCCGACGCCCCCACCCUGCGCCUAGUCAAGAUGGAGAACAACCGCAAGUACCAGAUGGACCAGGACGCCUUCUCAGACACAGCCAUACGCACCUUCAUCCAGGCGGUGCUGGAUGGCAAGGUGAAGCCCCGCCUGCUGAGUGCGGAGCCCCCCAAGGACUGGGACACGCGGCCCGUUAAAGUCCUGGUGGGCAAGACCUUCGAGCAGGUGGCGUUCGACGAGACCAAGAAUGUCUUCGUCAAGUUCUACGCGCCGUGGUGCUCCCACUGCCAGGCGAUGGCGGCCGCCUGGGAGAAGCUGGGCGAGCGCUACAAGGACCAUGAGGACAUAGUUAUUGCCGAGUUGGACGCCACGGCCAACGAGCUGGAGAACAUCACCAUCAACGGCUUCCCCACCCUGCACUACUUCCCUGCGGGGCCGGGCAGGAAGAUGGUUGAGUACAAGAGCGCCCGAGAUGUGGAGACCUUCUCCAAGUUCCUGGAAAAUGGGGGGACGCUGCCUGAGGAGCCGCCUGCGGUGCCCAAGACCCCUGAGAACAGCACAGGCAGGGAGGAGCCGAGUCCACUUGGGACAGCUGAAACCCGGGAUGAGCUGUGA